AUGGCCGACCACAAUGCCACCAUCAAUGAUUCGACGGACGACAAGUCCACGGGCUCUAGUCUGAAUGGAUCCAAGGGACGAGAGAAGUUGGCCAUCCCUACCCGGGGCUCUGCCGGCGAGCAACAAAUCGGCGAGAUCAGCGAGAUCGAGGCGCAAGGAGCGGCGCAUUUUAACCGUCUUGGUUGGAGACGUCUGACAGUCGUCCUUAUUGUCGAGGCCAUUGCUCUCGGAAGUUUGAGUAUUCCUGGCGCAUUCGCUAAACUGGGUAUGGUUGCUGGCGUCAUCUGCACAAUCGGCUUGGGAUUUAUCGCAAUCUACACGAGUUACAUCGUUGGUCAAGUGAAGAUCAAGUUCCCCGAGGUCAAACACUAUGCCGAUGCCGGUAAACUGAUGGCGGGUCGGUUUGGAUACGAGGUUGUCGGUGCCAUGUUCGCACUUCAACUAAUCUUCCUCACCGGAUCACACACUUUAACUGGCACCAUCGCAUUUCAGAACAUCACCGAUAACGCAACCUGCUCUAUCGUGUUCGGUGUUGUGUCGGCCAUUAUUCUGCUGCUCCUGGCGAUUCCUCCGUCUUUCGCUGAGGUCGCUAUUCUGGGUUACAUCGAUUUCGUCUCCAUCAUUGUGGCAAUUUUCGUUACCAUUAUCGCCACCGGUGUUGUGAGCUCCGACAAUGGGGGACUCUCUCAGGUUGACUGGUCUGCAUGGCCCAGGGAAGGGCUGACGUUCUCGGAAGCUUUCGUCGCCAUCACCAACAUCGUUUUUGCAUACAGUUUCGCAGUCUGCCAAUUCUCGUUCAUGGAUGAGAUGCACACACCUAAGGACUACGUCAAAUCCAUCUGGACGCUCGGCUUGAUUGAGAUCUUCAUCUAUACAGUCACUGGUGCGUUGAUCUACGCAUUUGUUGGCGCUGAUGUCCAGUCUCCUGCCCUCCUGUCGGCUGGAUCUCUCAUGUCGAAGGUUGCUUUCGGACUCGCACUGCCAGUUAUCUUCAUCUCUGGUUCAAUCAACACGACUUGUGUUGCGCGUUAUAUCCACGGUCGUGUCUACAAGAACUCUCCUAUUCGGUUCAUCAACACCAAGAUGGGAUGGAUUACAUGGUUGGCCUUGAUCACCAUCAUCACCAUCAUUGCCUGGGUCAUCGCCGAAUCAAUUCCCUUCUUCGACGAUCUCCUGUCAAUCUCAUCAGCAUUGUUUAUCUCCGGUUUCACCUUUUACUUCCCUGCUAUCCUCUGGUUCCAGCACAUCCGUGAAGGUCCCAUUUUUGCCAAAGAGAACUUGAUCAAGACUACCGCCAAUGCCCUUUGCUUGGUCAUCGGCCUUGUCACGUUAGUCGGCGGUACAUACUCUGCUAUCGUCGAUAUCAUGAACCAGUACAACCAUGGAACUGUUCGUGGGGCAUUCACUUGCUCUCCCUUGUAG